UCUUCUCUAUCACUCUCCCUAGUCCCUACCAAUUUACCGGAAAUCUCCCUCUCUCUCAGUGUCUAAUUACCAGAAAUCUCUCGCUCAAUCAAGUACUGACGCCAAUCCCAACGGAAAUGGAGACUAGGAACCGCAAACCCUUAUCAGACAUCACCGACUUUCACAACCUUACGCCCCUCUCCGUUUUGCGCGAGCUCAUUUCCUCCAAUCCAACCUGCAAACCCCCACUUUCCAUCUUGAGGUCUAAUUCCAAUUCCACCAACCACAAAUUAGGCCCCGAAUCCUCCGAUAGAUCCAACACUAGCAUCGGCUCAUCCAGCGUCGGCGCCUCCUCUAAUUCCAAAACCGUUCUAUUUCGAAACCUUCCAAAUGCACUCCCUCCACCUAUUUCUCCGGGUGAUAUUGGAACCAAGAAUGCAGCUUACAGUCGAAGAAAUAAUAUUGAAAAUUCCAAUAAAGAAAGAGAGGCACAAGUUAUUGAUAGUCGCACAUCUAUUGAGAAGAGGAAGGACAAAAGGAAGGCCGCUGCUGUACCAUUUAGUUCAUCAGCUUCUGAGAAAAUGAAAGAAAAUCGGAGUAGGAUCUGUAACAUGUCUGUUACUGAUGGUGUUAUGAGCAUGCGAAAUGCAGCAUAUGAUCGAAGAAAGAUUAUUGAAAAACCCAGGAAAGAGAUAAACUCUGAUUUGAUUGGCUGUCACACGCCUCUUACGGAAAGGAAGGACAAAGGGAAGGCCGUUGCCAUGCCAUAUAAUUCAUUACCUACUGGGAAGCUAAAGGAAAUUCAGAAUAGUAUUUGUAAUUCCAGCACUCUGGUUGAGAAAUCAUGCCAGAAAGGCGAAGGAAAUCACAGUUUCUCUAGUGGUUUUGCUGAGGAUGUGAAAGAGAGUAACAUGGAUAAGCUUGUUUCCUACAGCCACUCCUCUGGAAAAACAGAGAAAGGGAAAGCAAAAAUCAGCUCUUCUAAUGCUGGAUUGGGAAAACAAUCCGAAAUAGCUAUGGCAGCCAUGACCCGUCCAUCAAGGAAGAUGAAGACAAGUGCGAGGAAUAAUAAUGCUUUUGGGGUUUCAAGUUGCCCUACAAUCACGAGGACCAAAAAACUACAGAAUGAUCUUGAUGAAGAUGUUAAACAUUUUAAUUCAUGGACUGAUCCACAGGCAAAUGCUAGAAAGAAGAGGCCAAAAACUGAAAAUACAAGUGAAUUGCCAGAAGAAUUCAUUAGAGAGAAAAAAGCAUACUAUGACGACAUUGAUAAUUUUGAACUGCCAGUAGAGGAAGUAUCCCAAGAUGAGUCAGAUUAGGAUAAGAAAGUGCCUAUCAGGUUCGGACUAAAUAAUCGGAGGUUCCAUGUACAGUUAACAGUGGCGAUGCAUCAAAUUUGUUUAGUCAAAUGUAUAGUUCAGAUUUUACUGUUAUCUUACUCUUUUGCAGCUGUAGAUCAUACGCCAAAUAAAUACUUGUCUGUAGAUCAUGUAAUGCGAAUUCAUAUCUUAUCUUA